GCGUGGGCGAUCUAUCUGUGCGUGUCCUGAGCCUCCAAGUGAAGCCAUCCGUGUGCCGUGCGAGCGAUGGAAUAAGGUCUCCGCUCGUCACGUGACGAUGGGUCCGUGCACCGCACUCAACAUGCCUGGUGCCAUUGGUCGCCUGAUCGCGUUCCAGUCGAUCCUCGAUACCGACUUCUUCUUUUCCAGCCUCGCAAAAGGAUUCAGCAUACAAUCGACACGAAACGCCACUAGCGACGGGAUCAAAUCAAAAAGUCCCCGAGAUGCCGGCCUAGGCGAUAAGCAGACCCUCCUUUUGAGCUCCGCGCGGACGAGGACCACGGCGGCCGCCAAGCACGCGCGCGCACGGGAGAUCGCCACCAGACUGUACCGCAAGGCCCGGGAUCUCGAAGGCGGUGUCCUCCCCGCCCCGACGGCGACGAAAGCAGUCACUAAGCCGACAUCGAAUGCCGCCCCUACCGAUACCAACACCAACCCCAACACCACAUUUCCUCUUCCGGGCGACAUCGCUAUCCCCAACGACGACAAUACUCUCAAGCUCGAUCCCCAGCCCCACCCACUGCGGCGUCAGCUCCAUUAG